UGUCUUACGGCGGCGGUUACGGCUCCUCCCGCCACGGCGGAGGCAGCUAUUCGAACGGGUACGAUGGCAGAAACGAUGGAUAUGGCGGCACCACCUACAACUAUGACUACUCAAACCAGUACGCUUCGUAUGGGUAUGAGAUCGCAUCCCCACGGGACAGCACUAGUCGCUUGGUUAUCGGCGGCCCCAUCCACACUGCAAUUUUCUUUGCUCAUCGAUUCUGCGCACAGGGCGAGUGUCGCGACGCUGCUCGACACAGCAUGUCUGGCGGCGGCGAAUGUGCUCGCUGCAACCGCGUAGAAUCCCCCUACCGCUCGUUCUUCUCUUCAUGACAGCGUACUAACAACCAAAUAGGUAUGGCGGUAGCAACGGUUACUCAAACGGAUACAGUGGCGGCGCCGGCGGCCACAGCAAUGGAUAUGGAGGAGGUGGUGGCGGCUAUGGCGGUGGAGGUGACAGGAUGUCCAACCUCGGCCAGAGCCUGAAGACGCAGACCUGGGAUCUCGACACUAUGCCUAAGUUCGAGAAGUCAUUCUACAAGGAGGAUCCCGCAGUCGCCGCGCGCACCCCAGCCGAGGUCGACGCCUUCCGACGAGAGCACCAGAUCACCAUCCAGGGCAAGAACGUACCUAAGCCCGUUACCAGUUUCGAUGAGGCCGGAUUCCCGACCUACGUCAUGAACGAAGUCAAGGCACAAGGAUUUGCGAGGCCGACGGCUAUUCAGUCGCAGGGCUGGCCGAUGGCUCUGUCUGGUCGCGAUGUCGUCGGCAUCGCAGAGACCGGAUCCGGAAAGACGCUAACCUACUGUCUCCCCGCCAUCGUCCACAUCAACGCACAGCCUCUGCUCGCUCCCGGUGACGGUCCUAUCGUCUUGAUCCUUGCACCAACGCGUGAGUUGGCCGUCCAGAUCCAACAGGAGAUCAGCAAGUUCGGCAAGUCCUCUCGCAUCCGAAACACCUGCGUCUACGGUGGCGUGCCCAAGGGUCCCCAGAUCCGCGACCUCGCUCGCGGUGUCGAAGUCUGCAUUGCCACUCCAGGCCGUCUUAUCGACAUGCUUGAGGCUGGUAAGACUAACCUGCGCCGUGUCACCUACUUAGUGCUCGAUGAAGCCGAUCGUAUGCUUGACAUGGGUUUCGAGCCGCAGAUUCGCAAGAUCAUCGGCCAGAUUCGACCAGACCGUCAGACAUGCAUGUGGUCUGCUACCUGGCCGAAGGAGGUUCGUCAGCUCGCUUCUGACUACCAGCACGACUUCAUCCAGGUCAACAUCGGCUCCAUGGAUCUCUCUGCCAACCACCGCAUCCAGCAGGUCGUAGAGGUCGUGACAGAGUUCGAGAAACGUGACAGGAUGUCUAAGCAUCUCGAGACCAUCAUGGACGACAAGAACAACAAGGUUUUGAUCUUCACAGGUACCAAGCGUGUCGCAGACGAGAUCACCCGAUUCCUUCGCCAAGACGGUUGGCCAGCGCUGUCCAUUCACGGCGACAAGCAACAGAACGAGCGCGAUUGGGUCUUGAACGAGUUCAAGACCGGCAAGAGCCCCAUCAUGGUUGCCACCGAUGUGGCCUCCCGUGGUAUUGGUAUGACUAUAAACCCCCGCCGCCCCCUUCCCUUCGCCUUCCCCCUCUUUAUUACUAUGCGUGAUCUGUUAGGUGCUCUGCUUAGGUCGUCUCGUGCGCUCGCUGCUACUCUCUCCAUGACAUCGUCCAGGGCUUUACGUUUCUCGAAUCUGAUAACCAGGCUUCCUUGGACAUGCCGGUGAAGUUCGCUUCGCUGCUUUUUGUUUCAGGUAUCGUCGAGGUACUUCUGAGGCAAGCUGAGAGUUCGGACUUACGCAAGUCGCAGUCUCUUCCAAGGUUUCCUGGCCAGGAGAUAUACACAGCCUUCCCCACUGGACCGGGAUGCCAUGACAAUAUCGUAGCGCACAGAGACGGUUGCAUGCAACAUACUGCAGCUUCACGCGACCAUUUCUUGGUCGUCUUUUGCUCGCCCUACUUACCAUUAUGCUAACCUUUCUCUUUCAAGAUGUUCGUAACAUCACCCAUGUGCUGAACUAUGACUACCCGAACAACUCGGAGGACUAUGUUCAUCGCAUUGGGCGAACCGGUCGUGCUGGUGCCAAAGGUACCGCCAUCACGUUCUUCACGACUGAGA